AUGUCUUCGCCCGAGCGUCGAACUGCUGGAGUCAAGCGACCUCGCACACAAUCUCUCCCUCCCCCCUCGCUGCCUCAGCUGGUUGCCGAGCAGAGCACUCCCAUCCCUCCCACAGACAAGGACUCUCAGCGUCUGAUCGUCGUCCUGUCCAAUGCCAGUCUUGAGACGUACAAGGCUUCUCACGGAGGCACCAGCCGCAACCGUGAGGACAAGUACUCUCUGCUCAACAGCGAUGAGCACAUCGGUGUCAUGCGCAAGAUGAAUCGGGACAUUAGUGAUGCUCGUCCCGACAUCACCCAUCAGUGUUUACUAACCCUUCUGGAUUCGCCCAUCAACAAAGCCGGCAAGCUCCAGAUCUACAUCCAUACUGCCAAGGGUGUCUUGAUUGAGGUCUCGCCCUCAGUCCGUAUUCCACGAACAUUCAAGCGAUUUGCCGGUCUGAUGGUGCAACUCUUGCACCGUCUGUCCAUCCGCUCCACCAACUCUAACGAGAAGUUGCUUCGAGUGAUCCAGAACCCCAUCACUGACCACUUGCCUCCCAAUUGCCGCAAGGUUACUCUGAGUUUCGAUGCGCCACUUGUCAAGGUUCGUGAGUAUGUUGAAACUGUGGAUUCCAAGGAUAGCAUCUGUGUCUUCGUUGGCGCUAUGGCUAAGGGUGAGGAUAACUUCGCCGAUGCGCUUGUUGACGAGAAGAUCUCCAUCAGCAACUACUCUCUGUCUGCUAGUGUUGCUUGCAGCAAGUUCUGUCACGCGGCUGAAGAUGUCUGGGACAUUAUGCUUCUUGGUGGGAAAGCCACGACGAGGCAUUUUGAGAAAGAUCCGGGGAGCUCUUGCGAUGGAAUCUGCAUUUCUCAGCAGUUCGAUUUCUUUGAGGAUAAUGGGGCUGCCACAACGGGUCAAUCCCGUCAUGGUUCUUCGGUACCCCUCAAUACUUUAUCCGCGAUGGACGGACAGAUAAGACGCCAGACAGUCAAAGAAAAGACAAUAUUUAUUGUCGUCAGUCAAGUACAUAGCCCCCACGCGAUUUGA